AAGCAAGGUGUUGCAACUAUAGAAAAAGCGCAAAGCCAAAGUUUGCUUUGCUCCAUGCCAUUGUUGCGGUGAGCCUUGGGAUGUCUGAGUUCUAUGUGGGGCAGCGAGUGGAAUACUACAGUCCAUCGUUUUCUGAAUGGAUCGAGUGCAAGAUCGCCCAGGUCCGACCAGAUGGCAAGCUCAAACUGGAGCACACUGAUGGAAGUGGCACUCUUAAGGAGGCGGCGGAGCCUUCCAGGGUCCGGCCCUUCGGCAAGCCGCCCAGCGGCAAGGCCGGUGCCCCCCCGCCGAGUUCCAAGAGUGCGACACCUGCUGUGCCACCAAAGAAGCCGGUGAUGCCGACACCCAAGAAGGCAUCCAGCGCGUGUUCUUCCCCCACCCCUGGCGAUGCAACUCCCAGCCAUCGGCCGUCAUCUGCCCACAAGGCAAAGGCCGCCACACCUCGCAAGGGCAUUGUCAAGGAGGUGGCGAGCGACGACCGUAUGUAUGUAGGUGAUCGGGUCAAGCUAAAAGGCCCGCCGGUCCGCUACGGCGAGUUGAUGUACAUUGGACCCGCGGCCUUUGCUGGCGGCGAGACAGUUGCAGGUGUGAAGCUGGACGAAAAGCGGUCCACUUCUGACUGCGACGGCAUGUACAAGAAUGAGCGAUACUUCCGAUGCCAGCCUGGCCUCGGGAUCUAUCAGGCGCUCGAGGAGGUGGAGCUAGUUCCCCCGGAGCUCGCGGAUGAAGAUAUCCGCAACCUGCAAGUGUCGGAGGCACCAGAUGCAGAAAGCUUCGACUUGGAGCUGGAGCUGGAACAGCUCAUUGGCCUAAAGGAGGCGAAGGAGUCGAUCCGCCACACGCGGAACUUCAUCGAAGUUCAGCGACGGCGCAGCGCUGUGACCAACGAUGCCACAGCCAGGGCGUUGCACUUCGCCUUCAUGCAAGGCACACCUGGCUCCGGGGCUGGCAAAGUGGCGCAGGUCCUGGGAGGCAUGCUGUUGAAGUUUGGGGUUCUCUCCAGUGGUCACGUGGUGGAGGUGACCCGAAAGGACAUUGUCGCCGGCUGUACAGGCGGCGAUGUCGACACGAAGAUAAAGAAGAUGGCACGAGCAGCAGAGGGCGGCGUGCUGCUAGUAGCUGGCGCAGACACCCUGAAAGAUACGGAGAAAUCCUCGGACCGAUUGGGGGAAGAAGCGCUGCAGGCGGUGACCAAGCUAUUGGAGGCCACGAGUGGCAACACCGAAUGGCCGCAGAGGCUGUGCUUGGUCCUCACUGGCCGCCGAACCCAGCUUGGGCAGCUGCUGGAGAUGCCGGGCGUUGGAAGCUGCAUCUUCGCCAAGCUUGAGUUCUCGGACCUCGGAGCGAAUGAAGUUGCGCAGAUCCUGCGGCACCUGGUGGAGAGCAACAAGUUUCAGUUGAGUCCAGACCUUACAGAUGAAAGGCUGGAAGGUCUGGUUCGCCGGCGCCUGGCGCGAGCUGGCGACGGCGCGCGGAACGUCCGUUUGGCGAAGGCCAUGCUGGAAGAAGCGGUGAGUCGACAAACUGACCGGGUGUGGGCAAAAGAGACGUUGUCAUUCACCGGGCUGACCGCCCUGGUGGAAGAGGACUUUGUAGACAAGAACAAGGAGAUGGACGAAGCUGCCCAGGCGGCCUUAAAGCGCCUGGACUCCAUCGUGGGACUGAAGCCUGUAAAGGAGUUCGUACGAUCUCUCUACGCCACCCUCCUGAUGGAGCAGCGAAGAAGAGAGAUGGGGCUAGAAACUCCAGGCGGAAGUCCGACCUUGCACAUGGUCUUUCAAGGCAAUCCUGGAACUGGCAAGACCACCGUUGCGCGGGUGGUGGCGGACCUGCUCAAGGCCUUGGGCUUGCUCCGCACCGGACACCUGGUGGAGGCGGACAGGUCCGCGCUGGUGGCAGGCUACAGCGGGCAGACGGCACUGAAGACCAAAGCUGCGGUGGAGUCCGCACUGGGCGGCGUGCUCUUCAUUGACGAGGCAUAUGCCCUGGUUGGCGACGACGGGCGAGACUCCUUCGGCAGAGAGGCUUUGGACACCCUCAUCAAGCUCGUGGAGGACUACCGGCAAGACUUGGUGGUCAUCCUAGCAGGCUACAGCACUGAGAUGGCGAGACUGAUCGAGGCCAAUCCUGGCUUGCGAUCACGAUUUCCCACAGUCAUCGAGUUCGAUGACUACACGUGCGAAGAGUUGCUGGAGAUUGCGGAUGGCAUGUUGCUGCAGGAUGUGAUGGUUUUAUCAGAGCCAUCUGCCAGCGAAAAGCUCAAAAGCCUGUUGCAGAAGACGGUCCCAAAGAGUGGCAAGAAAGCAGACCGGCAAGCCGGAAACGGACGAGCUGUGCGGAACAUCCUGGAGCGCGCCAAGCGCAACCAGGCGUUGCGUUUGCAACAAGAAGCUGCAGCGGGGAAGAACCACACGCAGUCGGAAAUGUGCACACUCGUGGCGCAAGACUUUGAUGGAUGUGAAGGGUGAAGACUGCGCCCUGCAUUGCCCAAAGAGGCUGCUGGAAGGGGACUGAACAAUCCGGAGGCUCACACACACACACACAAACCCACGCACGCACUCACGCACGCACGCACGCACGCGCGCACCGCCCA